ACGGAACGGAAAGCAGCCUGGUACAAUCUUGUUUAUAUUUCACAAAGCGGCAGGAAUAUGGCGCUGCCCUAUAAGGCUCCACUGCUGCGGUCAGCCAUACAGUUUCUGCGUGGUGUUGUGCUUCGCAAAGCCACAACGUCUUACUGCACUGCUCCCUUUUCUGGAAGAGUGGAUGUUAAUGGCAUAAAUCUACAUUAUCAGCGCACAGGAUGGGGAGAUCAUGCAGUUCUGCUACUUCCUGGUGUUCUAGGAAGCGGUCAGACAGACUUUGGUCCUCAGCUCAAAUCUUUGGAUAAAGAAGCUUUUACAAUCAUUGCAUGGGAUCCUCGGGGAUAUGGCUACUCCAUUCCACCAAGCCGGGACUAUCCCCUAGAUUUCUUUGAAAGAGAUGCAAAAGAUGCUGUGGAUCUGAUGCAGGCUCUUAACUUCAAGAAAUUUUCUUUGUUAGGAUGGAGUGAUGGCGGUAUAACAGCUCUCAUUGGGGCAGGCACUUACCCAUCCCUAAUCAAAAAACUUGUUGUUUGGGGAGCAAACGCCUUUGUAACGGAAGAAGACUUAAAGCUUUAUAAUGCCGUAAAAGAUGUAUCAAACUGGAGCAAGAAGAUGCGAAAGCCCAUGGAGGACCUUUAUGGAAAAGAGUAUUUUGCCAAUACAUUUAAAGCAUGGUGUGAGGCAAUGUAUAAGCUUGCUAGUAGACCUGAUGGUAAUAUAUGCCAACAUUUACUUCCUUUAAUUGAUUGCCCAACAUUGAUCAUACAUGGGCUGAAAGAUGCAAUGGUCCCAUCCUUUCAUCCACAGUAUAUUCACGAACAAAUCAAAGGUUCAAGACUUCAUCUAAUGCCAGAUGGGAAGCACAAUCUUCACUUACGAUAUGCAGAAGAAUUCAAUAGACUUGUCAAAGACUUUCUCUGUGGAACAUAGCUUCUACUUAGUAAGGAAAAAUAAAAAGCAAUCUACAGGUGAAGAUAAGAAGAGGGUGGUAGUAGACAUAACUGGAGAAGCUACGCUGCCAUGGCUGGAAGUGGUUUAGUCAAAUGACAUUUGGCUGGGGCAUACACAAACCAAGUUUUCUUUAAAUUCUAUGUACAAACACUUUUUACGAUGCUGUGUUUGUUCGUAUUGUUCAAUAUUAAGUUUAACCAUGUCAAUACUGUGUCAGUAUUGCCAUAACUGCUCCUCCCUCUAGAGCCUUUUAGAUUUUUCAUUUAUUUCUGUUUCCCUAUUCAUUUAUGCAUUCCUUUGGGCGUAUUACUGAGUCCCGUUGGCAAGCAGACAAGUGCAGUGAGUACAACAUGCGCUGGUAUCUGUAGGCAUGAAUGCAUAUUAAUAGCUCCCCAGUUGAAAUUGUGGAUUUUGGUCUCCAUGGCAACAGCCACAUAAUAGGUGAGGAAGGUUUAAAAUCUGUCUUACAGGCAAUGUCAGCUCAGUGUGAACAAGGGGGAAUUGUGGUCUCUUCUGGCAACCUAAUCCUCCUAGAACAUCAUAUUGUUAGCUAACACACAGCGGCAUGGGCAAUUCUCCAUCAGCGGUUACAGUAGAUAAUACACCAAGGGAAGUGGGAUUCAAAGAUACCAGAUUAUUCAUUCCUGUAACAUGCACUAGACUCUAGCUCAAAGCCUGCUUGUACAACAAGAUUAAAUAUGUAUUACAACUGACAUCCAAUUACUCCUUCCAUCUUUUAUGCAAUUUUGCAUCUGUGUUCCUUUAAGAGGCACAGGAAGGUUGCCUUUAAAUAUGUGAUUAUAUCACUAUGAAAACACCUUUAUCAUUAUGAAAACCUGCCUUAUUUAUAUUUUAUAUGAUUUUGUUGUGGAGCUGCCAUAAUGCUGCCUUUACUGUGUUUAAAUGAAAUCUCAUCCUGAGAAUCUAAUGAAGCAAUAUGGCUCAGCUAGUAUAUAGCCAGGAAUUAUUAUUUUAUUUUGACACAUUGCUGGAAAUUUAGUUUUCUCUUCCUGUGAAAAUCAUUUCCUAUUUUCCUUUAGGUCUCAAUUGUCAUAGCUAUGGGCUGUAGAACAACAGAAGCAGAGAUUCAGGGGAGCGGUGUAUCACCACAUGGAAGAUUAUUUUAUUGGAUUACAUUGUGGUUUGCUAUUACUAAACAAUAUGUAUACAGUCAGGUACAUACCAAAGACAAAGUUGUCUGGUCUGAAAAUCUGCCCGAAUGGCCCAGAUCUGACAGAAUCCAUUGUGCCUGGUUCCAAAUCCACAAGGAUGGCACGGGGUACAAAUUUGUUACCUGUUGGGAGAGAAAAAAAAAUCAGCUUCUCUGGUCUAUCAGAUGUAUUCAGCGUAUUCCCACAUAAAAAUAAAUAAAACAAUGACACUGAA